AUGAAUGAUGAAGAAAAUAAUGACAAUCGUGAAUAUGAAUAUAAUCCUGGUUUAUGUGCACAAAUAUUAAUAAUUUUAACAACAUUUAUCAUUAUUAUAACAUCCCCAAUUACAAUAUUUUUUUGUAUUAAAAUUGUUAAAGAAUAUGAACGUGCUGUUAUAUUUAGACUUGGUCGUUUAUUACCUGGAAAUGCUAAAGGACCAGGAUUAUUUUAUAUUAAUCCAUUUAUUGAUAAAAUAGUUAUAAAAGAUAUGCGUGUAUUUUCUUUUACUGUCCCACCACAAGAGAUACUUUCUAAAGAUUCUGUCACUGUAUUUGUUGAUGCUGUAGUAUAUUUUAAAGUAAAUAAUGCCAUUAAAGCAACAAUUAAUGUACAAGAUUGUGACUCUUCUACAAAAUUACUUGCACAAACAAUUUUAAGAAAUAUUACAGGAACAAGAACAUUAGCUGAAUUAUUAUCAUACAAAGAAAAUAUAUCACAUCAAUUACAAGAAAUGUUAGAUGAAGCAACAGAACUUUGGGGUAUAGAGGUACAAAGAGUUGAAUUAAAAGAUGUUUGUAUUCCAAAAACUUUACAAAGAGCUAUGGCAGCUGAGGGUGAAGCUAUCAGGGAGGCUAAAGCUAAAGUUAUUGCCGCUAACGGAGAAAAAGAAGCAUCAAAAGCAUUAAAAGAGGCAGCUGAUAUUAUUUCAACAAACUCAAAUGCAAUUCAAUUAAGAUACCUUCAAACUUUAAGUCAUAUUGGACAAGAAAAUAAUACAACUAUUGUUUUUCCAUUUCCUAUAGAAUUUAUGAAUAAUAUAACAAAUACCAUAACUGGAAUAACAUCAAAAUCUCCAACUAAUAAUAGUAAUUUACUUUUAUAA